UUUUUCUUUGUUUAUCUUUCAAUUCUAACAAAAUGAAGUCCGUCAUUGCUGCCAUUGCUGCCAUUGCUGCCUCUGUUGUCUCUGCUCAAAACAUUGUCUCUAGCCAACCUACCACUAACCAAGUUGUUACUGCUGGUAGCACCACUCAAAUUGUCUGGGCUCCUGUCUCUGGCACUAUCUCUACCAUUGACCUCCGUAAGGGUCAAGCUUCUGCCCUUACCACUGUUGCUAACAUUGCCACCAAUGUUGAUGCUUCCAAGGGUUCUUAUGCCUGGAAUGUCGAUGCUUCCAUCCCUGCCGGUACUGACUGUAAGUAUAGAUUGUGCGUUUAUCAAUUGGAUCUCUAAAAUGGCAUUGUAUAGAUGCUCUCUCUUUCGGUCAAUCCCCUAACGUUUCUUACACUCCCUUCUUCACUAUCCAAGCCGCUACUGGUGGUGGUAAGUUGACUUGAAUGGUGUCAUUGCCAAAGGUAACUUAUACUUUAUGUGUAUAGCUUCUUCCUCUGCUGCUGGUUCCAGCUCUGCUGCUGCUUCCUCCAGUGCCGCUGCUUCCUCUGAAGCCGCUACUUCUGCUUCCAGCAUUGCCACUUCUGCUUCUUCCGCUGCUUCUUCUGCCGCCUCUGCCGCCACUUCAGUCGCUUCUUCUGCCUCUGCUGCUGCUUCUAGCGCUGCCUCUGCUGCUUCUUCCGCUGCUUCUUCCGCUGCUUCUUCCGCUG